AUGGUCUGCCCUAGCGGGUACUCCAGGGUGGCGGCUGAGAUGAGCGGCGACAAAAGCCUCGCCAUUUUCCGACGGUUUGAUGAACUGAACAUCCUCCGCCUUCUCAGGUUGCAGGAGGAAAUUUGCCAGCUUCAACUCAUGCCAAAGCUGAAGGAAUACAACGAAUUGUUACUUCAAGUUUAUCAUUUGUCAAAACUUGAGAGUCCCAACGCUACACAGUUGACGAGUUUCCAAAUCCUUGCCAGGGAUAACAAUAUGCCGGUCAUGACAUGGGGGGCGUACCCGUCGAUGACCCGACCCCCGUUCAUGGAUGCCUUCGUUGACAUGUUUCACUGGUUCUGUGGCGGAUGCCCGAAUGUUGGGAGAGUGAUCGGCGACAGGGCCAAGAUUGUAUCGUACAGACAGUCAACGAUUAACAAGGCAGGCAACGUGAUGGCUACAAUUCUGGCCUCGACCCUUCCGGUCGUCACGAUUUUCGUGCUCAACAGUCUCCAUAACACAAACCGGCGGAUUGGGCUCACGACCGUCUUCAUCGCCAUCUUCGCCCUCGUCUUGGUCACCUUCACCUCCGCGAGGCGAGUUGAGAUCUUCGCCGCCACGGCCACGUUCGCUGCCGUAGAAGUUGUCUUUAUUGGAAGUGCCAUCAGCAGUACCACCAACGCCGCGACGGCGAGUACGAACGCCACGACGUUAGAGGCAAUGUAA